CAAGACAUGCUUCUAUGUAUUCGUUUGACCUGCUAGAAAUAGCAGCCAAAUCACAUCCUACCACCCUUGAAAAGAUAGAUAUUAGAUAAUGUUGAAUAAAAAACAGGUGCUCAGGGCUGACUUGGGGAAAAACAAUAACCCACUACCUACAUAAAAUAUACAUGAUCGGAAACAAUUUUAUGGAAACGAGAUUACAAGUCUAUCUAUCGUUACAAGUCAUUUUCAAUAUAUCCAUCUGACCUCUAAAUAUUUAUAAACAAAUGCUAAGUCAUAAAAACGUGUUACCAAAUCAUAUCACUUCCUGUUAUUUACAAGUGGUGACAACUCUUACUGAAAAAACUAAUAUUGUACAAAGCGUGUAUCAACAACCAAAACACUGAAUAAAGACUAGCGGCAACAAAUGAAUUUCAUUACUAAUACUGAAACUACAUUUUCGGAAAAUAAACCGUUAUGUCAGCCUGGCAUUACACAUUUAACAUUAGCCGGCGACGAAUGGAGUCUUAUUUAAGAAUAACAAAUAUAUUUACUUUCGAGACACCUUUCCUAUAAGUUCGAACAUGUCUAUAUGUAGAUAUAGAUAUUUCUAUGCAUGUACGCCUAUUAUCCAAUAUGUUAAGUAACAAUUAACUCAUGCUAAUACAGGUAAGUUGGAUUUCCAAUGAUUGAGAGCAGUAAUUAAACUGUACCUCAUGUAUCUAUAUAUAAAAAGCUGAUUUAUAAAGAUAAUUACCUGUUAGGAUUUAGCAGACGCAGAGUAAAGUGAAUAUUUUGAGACUGAAAGUUUUUUUUAUAAGAAGUAACAUAUACAAAUUAGUAUUAUUUAAUUUGUCUUUAGUCUUAAAUUGCUUACAGACCAUCAGCUGGUUUCCCGUUGAUUGCAAGAUGGCAGGUGCUUAACUUUUAUAAUUUUAUAAUCCGCCGUUGUUUACAUUAGUAUGUCUUAAAUAGAGAGAGAGUAGGAUAAUUCUCAAUAAACAGAACUUUCUGCCGUCGUGUUCCUGAGAAACAUUUAAGUGUCCAGGAGAGGCAGACAGAUACCUUUCUUACACUACAAGGAUACUGCCAUAUUGCGUCGGCAAGAAAAUAAAAUCGAAUUUAUUUUUGAGAAAUAGCUGCAAAUCUUACUAAUUCCUCACUUAAAAUGCAAGGAAGGAAGACACAAACCGAGCAACUUUAAUUUUACAUCGUAAAACAUGAUCACGAAAAUGCUUCAAAUUUUCACGUGCUCUUCAUCUCCGUUUCUUUGUUCACCAACUGUUGUUCAAGUAAAAAAAUAUGGAUAUGUUUUUAAUGAAAGCCUUUCGCUCGAUAUUACUAAAAAAAUCAACGAUUCAAAGUUAUCCGUCUUCACACAGACACUCACGCUCUGAGAAUAAUUCUAGAAACAGUCAACUUCUCUGAUUUAUAUAUAUAUAUAUAUAUAAUAUAUAUAUUCUUUACUAAUGAAACAAAAAUCGAAACAGAAACAAUAACAAAAAUCGAUGUUACUUGGUGAAACGAAAAAGAAGUCAAAAUUAUUCUCAAAAUGCUGCAAACUACUUGGGUAGCCCUUCUUCUUGGUUUCUGGUCAUCUCUUUAUCUAAUUGAUGCAUUUUUAAAGAAUUACCAUCUGACUUCAUUACAUUAUUUUCAUCUACUGGAAGAGACAGGUAUUUCCAUUUCCAUCGGUCAGCUACGCUGGUACACAACAUGUUUCAAUCGAGUAUUUAUCCGUCUCGGUCAGUUCAAGCCUUUCUUCUUGCAUAUGUGGUUUUCAUUUGGUGUUGCUUUUGGCUUGAUUUCCAUGGUGAUAUCUCUGUUUGUUCUCACUCUGAUGGUUUUCAACACUUUAAGUCAACAGCCUGUCGACCAGCAAGUAUUAACACCAGUGAUGCCAGGUGUGAACUUACCUACAAGCCAGAUGUCAUACUAUUUACUGACUCUUUUAAUUUGUGGAAUCCUUCAUGAAUUUGGUCAUGCCCUUGCAGCUGUCAGGGAACAAGUCCAUGUGAACGGUUUUGGAUUUUUCAUCUUGAUACUGUACCCAGGAGCCUUUGUUGAGAUGUCCACUGAGCAUCUGAAAGUGAUAGCACCAAUUCGACAACUGCGAAUAUAUUGUGCUGGUGUCUGGCACAACUUCAUUAUUGUACUUGCAGCAUUGUUGGUUUUACUGCUGUUGCCCACAUGUCUGUUGCCAUUCUACACGAUUGGAAACUCAGUUGUGGUCAGCUAUGUAGUACAAGGCUCUGCUGUAUCUGGUCCAAGGGGACUGGUUGUAGGGGACCCCAUUACAAGCAUCAGUGGUUGCCGUGUGACUAGCAUUGAUGACUGGUAUACCUGUAUUGCUGUAAGCAUCAAAGAGGGCAAUCUAGGCAACUGCAUGGCUCUGAACGUUAUCCAGGACCUUGAUACAAGUAUGGCUGGUGCUUUUAUGAAGAAAAGUAAGUGUUCGUUUGCUUUAUAAUUGAUGUUGGUGAUU